AACAAAACAUCAACAUCUUACAUACUUCAAAGUGAGCCCCACGUAUGACCAUGCUUGUUGACGAGAAACAUGACGUCGACCAUGUCGAGAAGGCAUAUAAUUCUCCAUUACCCAGGGAUCGGGAUAUCCAUCCCGAGCAAGACUGGACGCAAGAAGAAGAGCGAGCGAUCGUGAAGAAGGCCGACUGGCGCGUGUUCCCCAUGCUGUGCAUCGUGUUUGGUCUUUCGCUGCUCGACAGAACGAACAUCUCUUCUGCAUAUAUUGCUGGUCUGGGUGCAGAUUUGCGACUCACUGGCCAGAGGUAUAAUAUCGCCCUAUUGGUGUUCUUCAUCGGUUACUGCAUUUUCGAGCUUCCUUCGAACUAUGUCAUUCGCCGGCUGGGUGCUAGGAUCUGGUUGCCUUUUCUCAUCACCGCGUGGGGCGCCUGCGUCUUGGGUAUGGGUUUUGUCCACAGCUGGGAGGCCCUGACCGCUCUGCGCGCAUUGUUGGGUGUCUUUGAGGCUGGCCUGUUCCCUGGUGCGGUAUAUAUUAUUGGGUCAUGGUAUCGACAGUUCGAGACAGCGAAGCGAGUAUCGAUCUUCUACAUGGCAGCGUUGUUGGCUUCAGGUUUUGGACCGAUCUUCGCGUAUGCCUUGUCGCUCAUCAGUGUUGGUGAUGGCCUGUACAGCCAAGGCUGGCGCUGGAUUUUCAUAAUCGAAGGAAUUGCCACCAUAGUGACAGGCUUGGUUGCGCCAUUCUUCUUAGUUGAAUUUCCGGAGAAAGUUAGAUUCUUGACCGAUCGUCAGAAGCACAUCGCCAUUGCGCGAGUGUCAAUGGAGAAGUCGGACAAGCAAAUCGAGCAUGCCACGAUCAGAGAGACGCUGCGAAUGAUCUGUGACUGGAAAUUGCUCAUGUACUCCAUCCAGUACUUUGUAGCUGCAUCGAGCGUAUACUCGUUGGCUUUCUUCCAGCCCAUCAUCCUACGACAAGGCAUGGGCUUCAGCUACGCUAAAUCGCAGUUGCUCUCGUCGCCGCCUUAUAUUUUUACCGUCUUUGCUUCGCUCGCGACCUCUUGGCUCUCAGAUAAGAUCCGUCUGCGAUGGCCAAUCCUCAUAGGCCAGUCAGUCAUCGCUAUAAUCGGACUUCUACUCGUUUUGUAUCCCAAGCCUCCAGCUGCCAGGUAUUUCGGUCUGUUUCUUGCCACAUGGGGAACACAGGGCAACGUUCCGGCUUCUUUGGCGUACGGUAACAAUCAGACCGCGCGAGUUCAGAAGCGUGCUGUUGUUGCCGCUGUGAUGAUAUCCGUUGGCGCGGCUGGCGGAGUGACUGGCAGUACUAUCUUCCAGGCUAAAGAUGCACCGCAAUAUCUUCCAGGAAUGUGGGCGACCAUAGCUAUGCAGAUUCUGUAUUCGAUCGUCACAAUCUGCAUGUCGAUGUACUUCAAGCGCCAGAACAAGCUCGCAGAUGAGGGAAAGAAGCCAGCGCUGGAGGGUGUUGAAGGAUUCCGCUACGCCCCGUGAGCUUUGGGUGCUUGUCCAGAGAGCUCAUGCAGCUGCGUCACGACAGCGUGUCAAACGGCCACUUCC